AUGAGUGGCAAGGGGAAUUAUUCCGAUGAAGAAGACGAAUAUGAAGAGGGGGAAUCCGUAAUAUGGAGAAUUGCGAGAAUCGUCUUUACUCCCUUUCGUGCUUUUUUCUCCAAAGAAGCUCAAAAGACAUAUUUAGGAGCUAUCCUCCUUGUUGGCACAUCUAUUGCAUUGUUUUGCGUUGCCGCAGUGGCUUAUUGGGUGUUUUAUCUCAAUUAUGUCCCUCAGAUUGGGCUGAAGCGUGCUGUCCAUCUCCAGUUCGGCGAUGAACACCCCUGGGGAGUUACUAGUCUUGGAUCAGAUCUCGCAUUUCUCCAACAUUACGACGUGAGCGUGUCAUUGUGGCUGCCCCGGACUCCAGCGAAUCUUGUUACGGGUAACUUCAUGCUUGACCUCGCAUUACAUUCUCCUCCUCAAACCUCUAUCAUGGACACAAAUACUUCUACAACGCUGAUCGCGCAUUCAAGACGACCGGCAAUUCUAACAUAUACCUCUUCAUUGGUGGAUACAGCGCAUACAAUUUCUUGUCUGCCACUCUACUUGAUUGGUUGGAAGCGUGAGGCAGAGACCCUGGAAGUCCCUAUGUUUGAGGAUCUCGAGUUUGCGCGUGGCUGGAGGAAUGUGCCAUCUAGUCUGAGGCUGGAAAUUCAGAGCCGUGAGCAGAUGCAAAUAUACGGUGUGGAGGUCAGAUUUAGAGCUAAGUUUAGAGGGUUGAGAUGGUUAAUGUACAGGUGGAGACUCCUGUCAUUCUUUGCUUUCACAUCGAUGUUCUGGUCCGUCUCUAUGAUAUCGAGCAGUAUUGUAUGGCUACUAGUCUCACACUAUCUGGGCUCGACAGCACAUGAUGUCCAGCAGAUCAAGAAGGAAGAAGAUACUGAGGAUAAUGACACGGAUACCAAGAAGGAGUCUGGCGACUCGCGUUCAACCAGCCACAGGGACGACGAUAUCGUGAAGCAAGAAGAGAUUGAAGAGACAGCGAAUAUCCCUCCACUUGGUACCCAAUCUGGCAACGAAGCGGAAGACGUGGAAUCAAUCAGGAACAUCCACGACAACGAUGAUUCAGGGCGGGGGACAGCAUUUGUCGGCCAUGAUACCCUUGGCGCUCAGCGUCGAAGAAGUCGUUUGUCCGAAUAA